CUCGGUGCAGACGAUGGUAUUCAGUCAUCUUUGACAUACAGCUUAUAUCAGUUCUCUUGUCGAAGGUAUUUACACAUUUAGUGAAGAUGAAAGCUGUUUUCGCAAUCGCUCUAGCAACGGCGUGCAUCGUCGCCCUUUGCCAACAAGUAGACGCUUCACCAUCAGACAUGGAGAAGACCAAGGACACGAAGGCUAAGGAUGCUACAACUGUCGUUAAGGACACGAAAGCUCAGAAGGACGCCAAGAAGAAAUGCCAAAAAAAUUGCUCAACCCGCGAUCCAAUUUGCGCCUACGUCCCCAGCAACUCUACCGUCAAGCCCAAGACCUUCGAUUCAUCUUGCCACAUGGAUGUAGACAACUGCGAACAUGGAACCAAAUACGUUUUCAAGAACAAAGGUCAAUGCGUUUAAGAUCACACCGAGAAAUGGCAAGACUAUCCUCAUUACAUAACUCUACCACCAACACCCGCCCAUGUAUAUUUGAGCUCUUUCCUUGUAAUUAUAAAAAACCAAUGUAGAAGAAAAAUUUCUUGAUUAAAUGCUGCAUAAUAGCACAUCCUC